GCGGGACGUAAAACGCCGCUUUGAGGAAUAAAUAAGGGCAGGGAAACCGAACCGCAAUGGGACAACUCUUAUCUCGCUCCAAUUCUGCCUAAAAAUACCCCGAAAUGGGAUUUUAACCUUGACGGGGUGUCAUUAGAAGGUUUUUAGAGGGCUUUGGGUAUCUGUUUGGCUACUGAAAGGGACUGAGAAAGUUUGUAAGGAAACGAACUUCAGAGACGGUCAUGGAGGAUUUCGGUUCGGCGCUGGAGAAGAACGUGGCGGAUCUGAACGUGAUGGACGUGUACGACAUCGCCGCGGUCGUGGGCCAGGAGUUCGAGCGCAUUAUCGAUCAGUACGGAUGCGAGGCUCUGUCCCUACUCAUGCCCAAAGUGGUCCGUGUGCUGGAGAUCCUGGAGGUCCUGGUGAGCCGCAACAGCAUCAGUCCAGAGACCGAGGAGCUGCGUCUGGAGCUGGACCGACUGCGGCUGGAGCGGAUGGAGCGGCUGGAGAAGGACAGGAAACAUAAGAAGGAGCUGGAGCUUGUGGAGGAUGUGUGGAGAGGAGAAGCCCAGGAUCUUCUGUCCCAGAUCGCACAGCUGCAGGAGGAAAACAAAACGCUGCUCAACAACCUGUCCGUCAAAGAGUGUCCAAUGACGGAAGAGGAUAUACAGAAACAGGAAGGCAUGACCGAGAGGGAACGGCAGGUGAUGAAGAAGCUGAAGGAAGUUGUAGAUAAACAGCGAGACGAGAUCCGUGCCAAAGACCGCGAGCUGACGCUCAAAAACGAGGACAUUGAAGCGCUCCAGCAGCAGUUGAACCGGCUGAUGAAGAUCAACCAUGACCUGAGGCAUAAGAUCACGGUGGUGGAGGCCCAGGGUAAAGCGCUGAUCGAGCAGAAGGUGGAGCUGGAGGCGUCUGGGCAGGCGCGGCAGCAGGAGAUGGGCAACCUGCGACAGGAAGUGGCCCGUCUGAAGGAGCGCCUUAAAGAGCAGGGCAAGACCAGCACUGAGACGGAGGAGCCUGUAGGACCACCUUCACCUGCACAGUCGUCUAAAGCAGCCCCGACCUGGGGUCAGGAUUUAGCUUCUGAGCUCCUCGCUGGGGGCCUGGAGACAGAGGAAGUUCCACUCCAUUUCAUCCCCCACACCGGGCCCCCAGGAGCCCUGACAGAUGAUGAUGAGGAGGAGAAGGAUGAUGAGGAGGCUGCGUUUUUAUUGGAGGCGAUGUGUGAUGACGACAUGUCCUCUCUAGAUCCAAAUGACCCGAACCGCCCGCGGUUUACCCUGCAAGAGCUGCGAGACGUCCUGCAUGAGCGCAAUGAGCUGAAAGCUAAAGUCUUCAUGCUGCAAGAGGAAAUCGCAUAUUACAAAAGUGAUGAACAGGAAGAGGAAUCAGGCCCGCCGCUCCCAGACCCGUCUCCUACCCUCCGGCCAAGCUCACGCUCCAACUUUCAGCCCGAGUCGGGGAUAAAACGACUGUUUAGCUUCUUUUCCCGCGACAAAACCCGAGGCUCUCAGAGGAGGAUGCCGCAGUUAGGUGACGGCUUCGGCUCGUGGGCGGGGAAAGAUGAUGUGGACACAGAACAGGCCCAGGAGGCACUACAGCACAUGUAACGAACACAACGCUCCACUAACCGCUAACCUGCACCAUGUGACCCUCCCUUUCAGAGUCACUUUCACAGCACAACCUCCGCUCGCCGAUGAGACAAGAGCUCACAAAGGGAACAUGGGGGACAGGCCGUUUAGACUUACUGAUAGAUUGUGGCCCUCACCUUCACCCAAAGAUACUGUGAGGGAGUUUUAUGUGCCUGUUUUGUUAGAUAGUUAGACAUUUUAUUGCUAUUGCAAACGACAACUUUAAGUAGAUGACUCGGACGAAUAGACCUCAGACAUUAUUCUGAGAAGAUGCCUUCAGUAGAUAAGAUACGUAUCUAUUUUUAAUUCAAAUUGAAUUAUGAGUGAAAAUAUGCACAUGGCUGAAGAACAAAUGUGAGACUUAAAUUUUCGGUUGCUACGCCCAGGCCAGAGAUUGUCUGAAAAGGAUGGUGGCAUUAUAUUUUGAAUUAUGUUUUUUGAAAUUGCACAGUAGCCUGAUUCUUUUGGCACACAGAAUUUAAAAGAAUAUCAAGUAUUCUUUCUAUUGACAUCCUUUAUGACAUGCUGUGUUAUCACAGAAAAAACAUUAACUUGUCCCUCAGUUUGUAACAGCAAGCAUUAUAUUUCCAGUAAUGUAAUUGAUAUGGAGGUGUAUGUGGCAAAACAUUAAGAUCUGAGAAAUGUGCCUCUUAAAAAAACCCUUUUAUUAACUCUCAUGUUUUUGCAGUGCAGUGAAUUGUGUUUUGUAGGAAGAUUAUACUUUACCAUUUAAUGUAAUUUAAAAACAGUAAUAUUGUGAAAUAUUAGUACAAGUGUUUUCUAUUUGAACAUUAUAAAAUGUCAUUUUUUUUCUGCGUGAUCAAAGCUGACUUUUCAGUAUCAUCAAUUCAGGCUUCAGUGUCACAUGCUCCUUCAGAAAUCAUUAUAUGCUGUUCAAAAAUAUUAAAAUUUUUGUGUAAAAAGUGAUCAAUUUAUUUUUCAGUAUAUUUGAUGGGUUGAAACUUCAAAAGAACAGCAUUUAUUUGAAAUAGAAGCAUUAUAAAUGACUUGAUUGUCUUUUUUGAUUAAUUGAAUCCUUUUAAAAAAAAAUCUUGCUGACCCUAAAAUGUAAAAAACGUUAUUGUAUUUACAUAUCAAAACUGUGUGUAUUUUAAUAUUUCUCAGAAUUGUAUUGCCCCAUAUACUUCUAUUGUACAUACGUUAUCACAUGAUUUGUAAAAAAAAAAAAAAUGUUUAUAAACUGAGUGGCAAGUCGGACGCAUUUUCGGUGGUAACUGACAGCAUGUCACAGGUUCUGAAUUUAAGUCCUUAAACCCUGUAAUCAUGAAACAAAGCUUUACGUGCAUCAUCAAGUGUGUCUGCAGCACAUUAAAGCAGAACAAUAUUAAUAAUCCAUAGUUUACCAUUGGCAACUGAAGUAUCUAUCACAUGGACAAAUGUCCUUCACCAGCAGUUUUGCAUUGCUUGAAUGGUGCUUCCACUGGCAAUAAUAGAAGGUGUGAGUGAAAGCAUGGAAAUGUGUGGCUGUGUUAAAGUGUGUUGAUAAAGGCAGCUUUGUAAGCUAGAAAAACACAUGCCUGUGGGUCUUAAAUCAUUUGUUGAACAGCUAGUACCCCACUCAACUGAGAAUGUUAUCCAGCAACGAGAACUGGAUCAAAUGUAUCAUUAUGAAGGAUUAUGCAUAACUCAUCUCAUCGUGUAUUAAACUAUUUUAUACCAUGUACUGUAAGAAA